AUGACCGACUUCCAGCGAGACCUGGCCCAGAAUGUCCACGCACAAGCCCUAGCAACCCCAAUCCGAGCCUGCGUCCUAACAAAAGCCCGUCUACCCUCCCACUUCCUCAUCCCUUUCGUCUCCAAUCUCCCCCCAAAAACCCCCAAUGCACAAUCCACACCUCCCCAACCCCCCCUCCUCAUCAAACCCUCCCUCGUCCCCCGAAUCGGACCCUGGAAAUCCUCCCAACCUUCAAGCUACAUCCUAGCCUCCCACUCCGCCAUCGCCCAUCUCAUCGGCCCGCGAACGCGCAAGAAAGAAAAGGGAGGUUCGAAAUGGGCCAUGUUGGUCAGUGAGCGCAUGAAGAAACCUUGGGCCAUGAGGGAGAGGAAGAGUGUGGAUAAAGUUGCGGUUGCGAAGGAGUGGGAGUGGGAUGAGGAGAUGGAUGAGAGGGUCAAGGGAUUACUUGGGAGGGAGGUUGUUAGGAGGGUUAGGUGGUGUGUUGGGCAGGAGGAAGAUUUGGUUGGAAGAGUUGGUGAGGGUGAUGGGGAGGACGAGAUUGUGGUGAGGAUUGGUGGGGAGGGAGAUCAGAUUGCGGGAUUCGAUUUGAGGGAGAUGGUGGAUGAGGAGGCGCUGGUCGAGUUACGUGGAUUGUUCGAUGGAGCGGAUGCGUUUGUCUUGAGGAGGCAUUCCAAGACUGUCAUCACGCAUUUGGCUCUGGAGGCGCUGAGAAACUACACAGAAGAAAUUGACACAUGA